AUUGCGACAACCUAGAAGCAACGGUUUUUCGCAAACUAGGCGGCGUUGCGUUUGGGGUGAGGACUACCGGAAGGUAUCGAGCAGCGUUGUGUCGUCGUAGAAGCCAGGAACGGGUGGACAGAGCGCCAUGAAGCCGCCUUCCAGGCAGCGUUCAACCCCUGCUCGCUACAGGAUGGUCCCCACGAGCCAGGCUUGGACGGACCCAGAAAAGCGACGCCUUCUUCGGGCCUUGAGAGCUCACUGCCAGGGUCCGCUGCGGCCCGAGCUGUUGAAGAAGUACCUGCCUUGGAGGGAUGAAGAAGAGAUCAUGGCAUUUGUGGAGCACCUGAAAGAGCGUGUGGCAAAGGAGGCAGUCAAGGAACAAUAUCAGUAUCGCCAGCGUAAACAGAAGGAUGCUCCUAUUCCAGCACCUAUUGAGAUAUGGACAGAGUUAGCUGAGAAAUUGACAGGUCCCCUUGAAGAUGCUGUGGCAACUGCUUUUUCCCAGGUUUGGACAAUUGCAUCUACUGAGCCACUCACCUUGCUCCAUUCCGUGCCUCCAAAGUCAGUGGUGAUAAAGAAUUCUCAAUGUUCAUCCCAAAAUCUUAAUACUGAGAGUAGGAAAUCCAACGAAGAAUCUCAUGAACCAACUGUAUCAUCAAAUGUAGAGGAAAUGGCCCCUGCAGAAAACAGUGGGUUCCAUGUGGACUUUGAAAAGAUCUACAAGUACCUUUCUGUGAUCUCACGUGGCUGUAAGGCACCUGAACUCCCACCAGGUGAGUCAGCUGUGGUCCUAGAUUUGCUACUGUCACUGCCAGAAGAGCUGGGCUUUCUGGACUUUAAGAAGCUGAAGAGUCACAUGCACAAAUGUUACACAGAGUUGAACACCCACUACAAAGGUGAAAGAAGCAGAAUGAAAGAGGGCAACCAGCCUGUAAACAAUAAUGGGGAGCUAUUUCCACAUGUGCAGCCAGCUACUAGUGGCUUACAACAACAGGAGGGGAGUAGUAGUUCUCCUACCACUUCCAAAGAUGAUGCAACUUCUGCCUCUACCAUGGACUGGAGGACUCUGGGUAUCUGCCCUUUGAAUUCAUUCUUGUUUCCUUUGGAUAUCCUUGCUCGUAAAGAAGAAAGCUUUGACUGAGGAAACUGGAUUCUGUGCUGCCCAGUAAUGAACUAUGUACUCUCAUAACAUGAGGGAAGACUAAACAAGCUUGCUGAGCUUAGCUCAGCCAUGAUCCCCCUCAUCGUAGCAUGGGGUUUAAGCAGCCUGACCUGCUCUUUUACACCUUGGCUAAUGAGUAUGAUAAUUGUUUUGUAUUAAUACUAUAUGUACACUGGUGUCUGGUCUUACUACUCCAUGACAGCUGCUACUUAUUUGGCCAGUUGCUAUGUAGCAGCUCAGAGAUGGCGUUGAGUGUUAAUCUUUACCUUGGUCUACAGAUCAUUGUGGCCAGUAAAAUAAGUGAUGUUGGAUAUCA